AUGGCCGAACACGCUGCAGCGGUGCGGAGAAAUGACGUCGGCUCUCAAGUUGCGGCUCAUUCGACCGGUUCCGGCCACAAAUUCAAAUUUGACCAGGCCGAAAUUCUCGCAAGAAGUGACAACUGCGUGAGGCGGGAGCUGCUUGAGUCAUGGUUUACUGGCCCCCAGUCCAUUGACAAGUGCAAUGAUCUUCCCAUUCAAUACACCGUGCUGAGACUUCGUCUAGGCGGAGUAAUUGGCUACGCGGGGAGCGCACAGGUGAUUCUCCUCCCAGCACCCGGGUCAGCGCGUCAGAUGGUCGAGCAAUCAUCACACCAACAUCCAACUCACGUGAUGAAAUUGCAGCAAAUAACGGCGCGAAUAUCGGCCAUCACACCAAGGGCAACGAUCCCAGAUGAAAGGGAGGGGGCCGUGAAUAUUCAUAGGUAUGCGGUAGCAUAAUAAGGAGUGCUGUGCACAGGACCUCCCAGACCCUGAAGAUGGGUAGACGAAUAAACUACCCUGAACGUCGGAUCUCAAAAAAACCCUCCCGGUGAACGCCCCCUCUUCUUUUGAUAUGCCACCUGGGAAUCGGAUUUUCACUACUAUACUGCGGAAUUUCCAUAAUGUAUUUCACUAAGUCAUUUCGGGUGUACAAAAAAUCUACGAGGGAGGAAAAAAGAGAGCAGCAGCUACCCUUCUUUGAUUUUCCUACCAAAAAAAGAUAAGAGAACAGUUUUGACGAAGAUGACAAAAACAUGCAACUCAUCAGUCUUCAUGGUGGCCAUCCGGUGACUUGCAAACUAAGUUCUAUAAAAGCGCUUUCAAACGGAUGCAGAUAUACUACGGAAACCUUAAAAAAACCGUGAGGCCCAGUUAUGCGAAAGGAAUUUCCGAAGGCACUACUAAGCCGAUGUCUGAGUGUUCGCCUACGGAGGACUUCAAUGGAAAUAACCCUGAUGGCAAAGCAUGGUCAGACGUACAAAAAGUAUAUUUCAGACACAGCUAGGCCCGCUUCAGCACAGUGAGGCAUCGAAAUAACCCGCUGUCCCAAAGGCAACAUUUGCAGCAGGGUCACGCAAAUCGAGUAUUGAUUAACUUGAUUUUCAAACUGUUCAUGUAACUAGGCCGGUCAAGUCGAAUGCGUGCUCAGACUGCGUACAAACGAAUAUAAGCCGGCUUUGAGACGGGGGCGGCAAAUUAUGCAGGAUUGUCCACAAAUACGAAACCGAUCACAUAAUUCAACUCGCGGCCACCCGAGAGAGCCGCCUACGAUUAAAGUCUGGGCAUCGAAUACGAACUUAUCCAAUUAAUUUAUUGAUUUGGAGCCGGCAUACAGAGCCCUGAACACACAUUACGACCGUACAAGUGAUCGCGGAUUGUCAAAUCUACCUAUAACCGUCACCGUUUUGACACCGCUACUAGCACUGACAGGCAAAGUCCGCACCUAGAAAAAGUAAAGAAAUGCUUUUUGUGCUCUACCGGCUUUCCUCCUAUCCGUAGAUGCAACAGGAGUUUGUACAUCUGCAUCCACCUUGAAUGAGAUAAACAGCUUAAUAGACAAUGACCGGAUUGACGUAUUUUACUUGUCUAAGUUGACGCACUGGAAUUAAUUGGCACAGUUAGACCAGACAAUGAACAUCCGGAGUGUUAUUUUCAUUGGAAUGAGGUACUCCCACAGUGACCUAUGACUAAGCGAUACCAUUUGUUUGAAAUACAAAUUGUCUGAAAAAGCGAUGUCGUUGACAGUAAGACAUUCUUAUUAUAACUAAGGUUACUUAUCCUAUUUCGCGUUCCAAUUUAUCGUCGUCUUAUCUGAAGGCAAACGUUCUGAGAGUAUAGUCAGCGAAUAAGUGCACCUUUCAGUUAACCGGACUCAGUGCCUCAACUUCAGAAAUUACUCGUUAUUUUGUGAAUGAUUGUGUUAUGUGACAUAGAAAUUAAUUUGGAUACCAAUCAUUAACCUUAAAUAUUUACCGUUGUAUGCAUAGGGACCUCAGCAUUUGAUAAAAUGGGUGAGCGAAAGUCAAAUAAAUGUGCUAUAUUUUGGUCCCCACCAGAUGAGACUAAUAUAUGAACUUGUAGAGCACGUUAAGCUAAUAAGUGCAAUCGUGUGAGAUUCGAGUUCAUGGGAAAAAAAGAAAAAGGAAAUCUAAAAAGUUGGAUGCUAGUAAAAGACGAAAUGCAGAAACUUAACCAAAAACACCGCAUAAUGCAACACUAGAAUAAGUUCAUUAUGCUAAAUUAAUUUUGGACCUAGAUACCGAAAAAUUUAAAGAGCUUGUCUGCACCUGCCAUACACGACCUGGGUAAUCCCACACCAGAUAUUCCAGGAAACCUCAUUUCGCAGCCGCAUCUGCGGCAAACAAGUCCCAGCCUAACCCCUAACUCAUACCUCAAUCCCUACCCCCAACCGCUGACCCCUAACCUUAAUCACUAACCCAUAGUCCCCACCCCUAACGCAAACCCACAACUCUGACCUUUAGCCUCUACCCCCUAACCUCGACCCUUAAACCCCUAACAGGUACGGCUACGAAAUAGCAUCUUGCCCUUUUUUCAAUCAGUGAGUAUAAUCCUUCCUGCCGAAAGAAAAUGUAUUUGCCGUCGGCGCUCCUAGGAUCCCAUCGCCGUACUAUCCUCCUUGCUUUGGCAUGUGCUGUGUCUCCGGAUUGUCCAGCCGAAGGACGUGUCACGAUUAAAAUGUGUAUCUUAUUUUCAUACCUGAUAAAUAUCGCGUUCUGUCAAUCACCUGGCCCAAUCGCCAGUCAGUCGACGCUCUUAAAACCGGUCAAAAAUUCAUGCAGUUCACCCAAUUAGCUUAUAAUUAGUUGUAACUUACGGUAGUCAACUGUCGACUUAACCGCUACGAAAUCGAAAAAGAUUAUUUCGAUUCUCAGUGCAAAUUAUAAAUUUCAUCUGCAGAGCAAUUAGUCUAAUGACGAUCGGCGGAAACUCUUUGCUGCGAACAGCUGCAUUUGGACGAUAAGCUUGACUUUACCAACAUGCAUCUUAGUAUGACCCCCACAUUAUCCUCACGUAUAUAAAACAAGGCCACUGUUGAGGUUUCCCGGAAUAUCUCGAGUGGGAUCGACCAGGUCGAAUAGGACAAGCGCGGAUGACCUCUUUAGAUUUUUCGAUAACCAGGUCCAAAAUUAACUGUAUCAUAAGUAACUCGUAGGCGUGAUUUCAAAGGCGAUGUCCCGAUGGCGAGACGUUUGUCACCGUUAGGAAGAACAUACUGCGGAAUCUCCAUCAUUUCGGAUGUAAAUAAAAUUCACGAGGGACGAAGAAAAGGAGCAGCAGCUACCCUUCUUCCAGUUGCUUUCCAAAAGACGACCAGAAAAGUGUUUGGACGAAGGUGACGUAAACAUGCAACUUCUCAGUUUUCAUAGUGGUCAUCCGGUGGUCUGCAAACAAAGUUCUAUGAAAGCACUUUUCAAACGGAUGCAGAUUUACUACAGAAACCUAAGAAUCACGUGAGGCCUAGUUAUGCGAAAGGACUAUCUGAAGGCACUACUAGGCCGAUGUCUGUGUGUUCGCCUCCGAAGGAUGUCAGUGGGAACAUCCCUAAUGGUAAAGUAUGCUCCGACAUACAAAAAACAUAUUUCAGGGACAGCUGGGCCACUGUAGCACAAUCAGGCAUCGAAAUAACCCGCUGGCCCAAAGGCACGAUUUGCAGCAAGGACACGCAAAUCGAGUAGUGAUUAAUUUGAUAUUCAAACUGUUCAUUUAGCUAGGCCGGUCAAGCCGAAUGCGUGCUCAGACUGCGCACAAACGAAUAUAAGCCGGCUGUGCGACGGGGGACGGACAAUUAUCCAUAAUUGUCCACAACUACUUAACCGAUCACGAAACUCAACUCGCAGCCAUCCUAGAUAGUCGUUUACGAUUAAAUACUGGACAUCGAAUGCGAAAUCCUUUAAUUAAUUUAUCGAUUUAGAGCCGGCAUACAGAGACCUGAGCAUAUAUUACGACUGUACCAGUGGUCAUGGACACUGACGGGAAACAUCCGCACGAUUGUAAUAGCUUAGAAAAGUAAAGAAAUGCCUUCUGUUCUCGACCGGUUUUCCUCCUCCACAUAGGGGCAUCAGAAAUUCGAAUAUCUGCCUCCACCUUGAAUUGGAUACACAGCUCAAUAGGCAAUGACCCGAUUGACGUUUUUACUUGUCUAAUUUGACGCACUGAAAUUUAUUAGUACAGUUAGACCAGAUAAUGAACAUAUGGAAUAAGGCAUUCCCACAGUGACCUCUGACUUAGCGAAAUCAUUUAUAUGAAAUACAAAUUAUCUAAAACAUAUAUAAUGUCGUUGACAGUAUGACAUUGUGAUUAUAACUAAGAGUACUUAUCCUAUUUCGCGCUCCAAUUUAUCGUCGUCUUGUCUAAGCACAAACUUUCUGAGAGUACAGUCGGCAAAUAAGUAAAGUUUUUUGAUUAACAGGACUCAAUGCCGAACUCCAGGAAUUACUGGUUAUUUUGAGAAUGAGUGUGCUAUUUGACAUAGCAAUUAAUCUGGAUAUCAAAUAUAAACCUUAAAUAUUUGCCGUUGUAUACGUAGAGAGCUCUGAAUUUAAUGAAAUGGGCGAGCGAAAGUCUAACAAAUUUGCCAUAUUUUUGGGUCCCACCAGAUGUGACUAAUAUAUGAAAUUGUAGAGUGUGUUGAGAUAAAAAGUGCGAUGUUGUGAAACAUAAGUUGAUGGAUCAAGAAGAACGAAAUCUACAGAUUUGGAUUCUACUGAAAGAUAACACGUAGAAUCUCAGCAAAUAACACCGCAUUGUGCGACAUUAGAAUAAGUACGGAGUGUUCUCUCGCUAUGCUAGAUGACCAUGGGCCUAAACUAAAUAUGCUCGUCUAGGUCCACUAUUUAAUAAACGUGCAUUUGGAGAAUGGGUUUCCUGUGGAAUUAUCACAUAGGUGUCUUGAAUACAGCAGCGUAUAAUGCAACGAUAAUCUUAUUUUUGAAACGUCGUUUGUGUCAUUUAAGAAAUUAACUUAGAUUUCAAUUAUUUUGUACUACGCAUGCUAAAUUACCGUAAAAGUACAAGUGCGAAACGAAAUCUUCUUGAUCAAUUUAUCUAAGAUGGUCCGUAAAAAUGGGGGCGUAAUAGAACGUGACUAUCUCUUGCAUCGGGAUAUGCAAUACUGAUGGAAGCACGUUCGACAUUUUUGCAACAAUAAAAAUGACAGACGACAUUUUCAGCAGCUUCAAAAAUUCAUUAGACACGCAUUUUGUCAGACAGAUGUAUAAAACGUUUUUGUCGUCCUGUAGUAUGCUCGUUAUUUUGCUUUCCACCUUGACAUAUAAGCAGACUAAGCCAUCGUCGUAAAUGCGAUUAAGUGAUCAGUCCGAAAUAAGAUUUGUUGAUGAGACUACCAUCUAACUUGCAACAAAACAAAUUCCAUAGCUAAGAGCGUGUGUAAAUAUCUGAUGCGCAGAAAUCCCAGGAACAUAUGUCAGAACAAAAAGUCACCUUCUGACGUUAUCUGAUUUCCUUAGUGCAUGUCAUCGCCAAAACGGAGCGUAUAACGCCAAAGAGAUUCCCGCUGCCCCAGAAAAUCUCAAUACGGGUAUUUUUGACUUACAAACUGAAAAAUCGACUUGAGCGAUCUGCGGAGCUUUUAAUCCAUUUUUGUCUUUUAGGUUAAUGCUUGCUAAUAAGGGGUUCGUAUGGGCAUUUGGUUGGUCUGCAGUAGUCACUAGACUAUAAAACUGUCAGACUGCAAUACGAUUCCGACUUUAUUCGAAGCAUGUCUUGUUUUGCCAAAAGAGUAAACUGCAUGUUAUCUGCGAACAUGCUUUUUUCAGCGCGACAUGGCAACCAGUCAAACAAACAUUGCAUGACGUCGUCCUGCAUUAGCAAGGCCACUCAUACAUGCUGGCCGUUUGACAAUUAUGUUGGACUCUCUUUGUCAUUAGAGGAAUAAGUCGACGCACUUUAGUUGGUCAUGCCCGAGCUAAAAAGCAUGGAAAUGUGGGCGUGCCGAGGUGAGGAACAGUUGUUUGUCAUAAUUACGUCAUAAUACCAUUCGUCAUAUAGCGAUGUAUCUUGGUAUACGCCUCAAAACAUGCAGAUUCAGAGCUUUAAAACAAAUUGGAGUAAUUCAUACUGACAUAACUGAGAAAAAGUCGACGUCUUGAAGUCAAACCCACGACAAAAAGGGUAGGUUUUAGUACAGCCACACCACUAGCCACUCGAGGUACGAGGCCACAACGGCAGUUUCGUUUUUUUCGCCUUCCGCGUUUUCGAUGUUAAUAAUGAUAAAAUGCGGAUGACAUGACCGAGAACAAAUUAAUAGCACAAACCAAGUGUACAACUGCGGUCGUUAGAAAUGUGAGAAAUGGGCCAAUGUUAUCAUUGUAAGCGCCGAUUUUCUGGUGUCAUUAAAGCAAAUGGUGGCUGCAGAGAAGCACUGAAGUGAAUAGCAGAGACGGCCUUGCACAAGAUCUCAGAUGGUUCCCAAAAAUGCCUACAAUUCAAAUAUUCGUAAAUAGUGCAAAUUUACCUGCCAUGUCCUGUAUUAAAAUCCCACCUUUUGUGGAAGAACCGCGGGAGAAACCAGGAAAAGAUUGCUCUUUGGAAAAUCUGUACUUUCACGGUUUCGGACAAAGAUGAAAAGCAGAUCAUCUGAAGUCUUUGUAGUCGACUUGACGUAGGUGGCCAUUUGCUCUUGCCCUAUAGGUUAAAACAGAAUAGAAAGAGCUGACCGCGAAAAGCAUCCUUUUGGCUGGAGAGGAGAUGAGGUAAUGGGGUUACGUUUAGUAAAACCUGUCGUUCCAAUGACUUCUUGGACCUUGCUUUAAAUCGACGGCCAAGUUUUCAGCUCACAUGGAAUUCUUUUUAUCAAGAUAUGAAGUAGGGAGAUUGAUCAAAUUAGUGUAAAAACGGAACGGAGCAAGCUACGAAGCAAAAAAGUGUAGGAUGGGUAAUAAAACUCUGUGUAUUAUAGUAGAGGAGUCACUACGCGAAGUCUUGGACCGAAAGGCAAUUCAAAGUAGAAAACACCAACGCAACUGAAGCUUUCAAACACAUAAAAUAGAAGUGCGCUAACUAGGGUUACUUGACAUAAUUCAAAAGGCACGUAUAGCAGGCUCCUAAUUCUUACUUUAAGUCUCAGCCUAAACUCCCUUCCACCUGACUUUAACCUCAGUCCAUAGCCCUACACUUAAACUUGAUCCGAUUGGGAUGGAAAGACUGCUUCCACUGUGUUUUUCCAAAUAUGUACUUUUAUUGCAUAACGAAUGAGUUUUCGAGCCAUGCAGGUCAGACAAGUGGAAUCUCACGAACUUCAAUGGCUUAUUGUAGUUUAACCAGAUGACUAUAGUAUUAACAUUCUGGAAGACCGGUCGCGUUGUGCCAGAAUUUUCAGUGAUAUGAUUUGCGGCAUCUUGAAACUCAUGGCGUACUCAUAAAUUUCAUGUUGUUGUGAAAUCGAUAGCAUAUUAGAGCUCGCGCUGAGUUUGAACUCUGGGAGACCGCCAAGAUUUUCACGACGGAAUUCGAAGGUUCGUGAAUUAAACCAAUUAAUGUAACUUAGGCCAAGGUUCUCGACGGAUAACCAUUCAAACACUGGGUGCUUUUGACAGAUUGCUAAGUCAAAGUGCACGUCACUACAAAAGGAACUAAAAUGCGGAUUGUUGGUCACAGCCUCAUCUGCAAAAUGAGAAGACUUACCUGACUUAGUACUUUUAUGGCAUAAAAAACGCAUACCACUGUAUAUUAAUAAGUACUUUUCGAGAGCUUGUGUUCUUGAGGACAUUGAAUCCUGUUUGUUGAGGAAGGUCGCUAACAGUCAGGUGCCCCUACGUUACCGAGGUGAUCCACCACAUACCCCAGAAAAGGAUGGGCCAGUGAUAGUGGUUUGCUUUUACGUUAGGAUAUAGGGAUUGCAAAAUCACGCUGCAUCUGAAACACUCCUCCUCACCCACCUGGUUCUAAUGUCAAAGAAGAGUUAAGAAAACCGAUGGCGGUAGAGGACACAGGUGGCUGACACGGUGAAAACCAGUACCCAGGCGUACCAUCACACCCUCUGGUUCGAAGAGUACUCUGGCUAGGAUUUUACACAAAAAGUGAGUGGUUUUGACUUGCACCCAGCCAUGUCCCCACGCCCUUAACUUUGACAUUUGUUGUGAAAGUGCAAUUUCAAAAACGCUUCUCUGACCUCGAUCAUGUCCCUUGUUGGACCACCGCACCUAUCUCUCUCGGCUGUUUAAAAAAACAAUAAAGCAGAUGGCCACACAGAAGGCGACAACUGGUGAAAUUUAACUACUAUUCUGUUCUAUUGGUCUGCUCACUGCUUCGAUUCAGCAAUAAGGUGACAGAGUGCCUAAAAUAGUUGGAUCGUCAAGACGAAAACGCCACCAAAAAGACACAGUAAUGUAAGCUGCGGAACGUAUCUGCUCUACCGGCCUGACCUUCGGCUGGUGGAAGCACUUGCAAAAAUAUUUCAGGAAAAGCGGCGGCAAGGCCAAGUUCUCGGGGUUCAAAGACGCAACAAUCGCCUAUCCCUACAUGCUGAACGUGUUGUAAACUCUUUGUUCCAAAGAGCGAAUUAUUUUCACAGUGAUAAACUAGAAUUCAUAUUUAGGGGGGGCGUCAUAUACGCCUUCCAUUGCAUUUUAUAAAGUCCGUUUGAGAAAUGAAAUUGGUGACGUUGUAAUUCGAGAGUCCACCGCUGCACAAUCCUCCACUUUUUCGCAUGUCUUCUGUCUCCAGAGUGUUCUGCUUAAAGAAGUGCCAAAGUGAUGCUUUGACGUACAUUUCAGAAAGCGGAGAUGCGAUCAUUGAAACAAGAAAUUUAUUGGCCUGACGUUUCAGAUUCUCACUCGAAUCCAUCAUCAGAGGCAUUCGAUGACUGCCAGGUCAUCGACUGACAGGUCCUCCGGGAUAGAAGUGAAAACGGACGUGACAUCUAAGGAAACCAUGACAUCGCUUGACAGGAGACUUGCUCCUUUAAGUUUCUCCAAGAAUUGCGUUGACGAGCUGACUGUGUGGCCCGAAUCGGAGGUCAGAAAAUUGAGAGCCUGAAACAGCCACUUUGCCAGUUCGUAGGUUGCAGUACCCCUAAGCGACACGAUAGGCCGGAGAGGAGCGCCCUCUUUGUGUACUUUUGGAAGACCGGAAAAUCGGGCUGGGCCCGUUUCUUGUGCUCUCGCCAUGCACCCGAUUUCUCCAUUGCUAACAGUGUCGCGUUAAUCUCGCGUGUCAGCGUUUUUAUGGAGUUGGAUUCGCAUGGGACAUAGGACUGACGAUCCUCCAACAAGCUUUUGGCUUUUUGAUUGUAGUCUGUCCUGUCCAAUACGACCGUUAAACGUCCCUUGUCCGCAGGCAGGAUAACGAGGUCGUUGUCGGUCCUGAGUUCCUUAAGUGCAUCGCGCUCGACCUUGGAAAGCACGUCGGGCGGCCUAUGAGCCAUGAGGAGGGAGAACACUUGGAGUCAAAUGAGGUUCUUGGUUUCAUCUGUCGCUCCGGUGUGGCUGAGGAUUGA